AGGUCCCACCCCCGACGGAUAGUUAUACGCCCGAGCCGCCCAAGGGGUAUGGUGGUGGUGGAGAGCCACCGUCUGAACCUCCUACGACGAGUUAUGAGCCCAAACCGGAGCCGCCUAGUACGGGGUAUGAGCCCAAGCCACCCGCGACGGGAUACCAGAGCUAG